CGUUUGCCCCAAACAAGCGCUGCGAAAAUGCGAUUCGUCAGUGUAGUGAUCACCCUAUUUGUCACCCUAGUAGGCUUCCUUCUGAUGGUGAUGGAAACCCGCGCGGAUAUCUACUCGGAGAUGGCAGCAUGCCCCUGCCCGUUGCUAUAUCAACCUGUCUGUGGAACCGACAACCAGACCUACUCCAACGACUGCGUGCUGAACUGUGCCGCUGCUACUCCAUCCGGCUUGCGGAUAGCGCUCAAGAAGCUGCGCAGUGGAUCAUGCGAAAAUAUAAUGCGUUGUUUGUCGAUUUUGAUCCUAGUGGGUGCCCUUUUUGGAGCCCUGUUGGAAGUUGAGGGUCGCCAGGAUGGAGACCGGAGGUUGUGUGCCUGUCCCCGGAUCUAUAUGCCCGUUUGUGGAAGUGAUUUGCACACCUACAGCAAUGAUUGCAUACUGAAGUGUGAGGCCGACUCCGAUCUGGGCAGGGCCAGUGGGCUGAGGAAAUUGAUGGACGGAUCCUGUGACAACCUGGCUGAUAAUGUGGAGGAUGUUCCGGUAGAGUACUAAGCUUGAUCAUGCGAAGCUUCCAUUUUGGGGACCUGAUACGAGAAUAAAUAGUGCCAUAUUGUAUUGUAUUAGAAUUCCAUUAUUACUAUCAUUUGUGACAUUACAAAAACAACGGUUUAUCAAAAUUGGAAAUUUAGUGACUGAUAUAGAGUGUGAAAUCAAAUGUGUAAAUAUUAAAUCGAUAAUAAAAGUGUGAAAUUAUA